UGACCCUAAUUAUGUCACUAACCUUAGUUACAAAGCCAAACAACCCAGUGAGUGGCUUAAUUACCAUUUAAGUGUGUCAUGAUUAAUUGGGAUGGACGGAGAAGGCAACGCUUCUUUAACGGUAAGGAGCAUCUUUUUUCCUUUCCAAAUUCCAACCGUCUGAUAAUCAUAACGGCACUGUUAAAUUACAUUCUGCCCUUUAAUCACACCGUUAAGUGAAUAGUUAGGGACCACACGGAUAAUUUUCCGCUGGGCCCAGUGUGAUCUCAACCGUCGGUUUAAUCAACGGCUCUCCUUCCAUUUCCGGCAGUUCUCUACUUUUUUCCCCCCCGUCCCUUUCUCCCUCCCAUAAGAAGCUGAAAACAAACCGGAAAGAUAGAGAGAGUCAGAAAACUUGAAAAGUUGGUUUUAGAAGAAAACUGAGAGAAAGAGAGAGAGAGAAAUGGAGGAUUCUUCUUCGAGGAACUGCAAGCGAUCAGACGGCGGUGGUGGAUUUGACGAAGGUGCGAGGGAUUCCGCGAGGAGCUUCUCCAAGAAGUUGAAGAAGAGCGACGAGGAUGAUAGGCUGGAAUUCGCGGAAUUGAAAUCGAGCUCCCCUCUCUCCCGGAAUUCGGACGAGAUCCGCCGGCUUCGCUGCGCAUCAGUGGAGGGGAAGGCGGCUGCACCGACGACAUCGUCGGCAGCUGGCCGUCUCAUGUUCGACGGCGAUUUCUGCUCCGCUGCGGCCGACUCCCGCGCUUCGACCGGCGGCUGCUGCUCCAGCAAUGUAGAGUCGAGCGAGCACGAUGUGAAGGAGAGCGAAUUCGGAGCGGCAGAUCUAGAGGCUAAGAGCUACGAAACGGAAAGCUCCUCGACCUGCAUCGACAACAAAUUCAGCAGAGAAGCCUCUCCUUCCAGUCGGUUCAGCGCAGACAGCUCAGUAGAAACAGACAUGGCCGACGACUCCUCAGCGAAAUCGGAAACAAUAACAACGACGGAGAAGCCGAAGAGAAUCCCCACCGCCACCAAGCGCGCGCCUCCUUUCGCAACGCUGACGGCGGGGAAGGCAAAGGAGUCUCCGAGUGAGGAAGAACUCGACGAGUUCUUCACGGCGGCGGAGAACGAGCAGCAGAAACAAUUUACAGAGAAGUACAACUUUGACGUCGUGAAGGAUGCGCCAUUGGAGGGCCGGUACCAGUGGGUUCGUUUGAAGCCAUGAUGAGGAGGAAAAACAGAGCAAAUACUGAAAUACCUAACCAAGUAAAAAAAAAUUCAGGAAAGAAGAAAAGUGAUAGAGAGAGAGAGAGAGGGGUAGCUGUAGCUAGCUCGAGGUAACUUUCUUUCUUUGCAUCAGCAAGAAUAUAAUAGCAUUUUUAGCUUUUUUUACUGUCAUCUUGUUUGAGUAAUUAGAAUUUAACCGUGGGGGGGGGGGGGGGUUCCAAUUAGCAAAAUUUCAGUAGUUUCUUUGUGGUUCUUCGAAUUUGUACAGAUUAUCCAUUUCAGUUGUUCUUCGUCAAAAGCUAAUCUAAUCUUUAGCCGGCUAUAAUUUUGACUGUCUGGAAUCUGUUGGCUGUAUCUGGUUUAUUUUAUGUGCUUGGGAAGGGGGGGGGAGAAUUUUGACUACUACAAUGGCAGAGAGACUCUGCUUUAGCUUUGCAGAAUUGCACUUGCAGGCAGGCAGGCAUUGAUUGGUUUUUGUUCCUGUGUGUGAAAAGUGUCGUUUGUUUGAGAGCCUUUUUUUUUUAGUCUUUCUUCUUUUUUACAUUCUGGUUUUUUUUCUGGCCACUUUCUUUCCCUCUGCUUCAGUCUUCCGGCCAAAGUAUUAUUGUUUUUCUUUUCUCCCACCACCACCACCACUAUGACUAUUUCUUUGUUCACUUUACCUUCUCUUUUUGCUCGUUUGUCAGCUCCAGUUUUGGAAUAUUCUCCCCCCAUAUAUCACGUUAUCAUUGUUUUUGGGCUGAGCAUCAUUAAAAUGACAAUGGAGGGUGGGUUUUGCUCUGUCUGCUAGCAGUAUAGCAUUAGUAGUAGUAGUGUGUGUAUUGUAUUCACUGUGUUGUGGGGCCCUUGUAAUUUAUGUUAAACCAUGAAAGAAAAUAAACAAGAUGAUAAGGUGAGAUGAAAUAAGAUACGAUUUCGAUCAAUUGGAUUUACGUAUCUGUGUUAUAAAGUAUUUCAUACGAUUGAGGUUAUGCAGGAAGCGUUAUACAAUGAUCGUCCAUUGAUUUUGUACACAACGUAUCAUCGGUUCCACGAAAUCGAUGCAAAGCGUGAAAAUGAUUACUCCGAAGGACUGACGUUUUGUGGAGAGAAAUAGGAUCAGGCCUGCAUACACACACGGCUGUGUCUCUGUGGAAUUGUCUCUUUGCCCUUUUUCUGCCUAUUGGAAUUUCAAGGUCCGGCCAUAUCCCCAAAACGGUAUAAACGGCAACGCCGGGGACCAUAUGUGGCCGGCAGUAUUCUAUGUUUGUUCAACCGUCCCCCUUCAAUUCUUUUUUUUACGUUGCCGCCCUUCUUCUUCUCCUCCUCCUUUUAAAUAAUUGAGGAUUUAAUUAAUUUAAUAAUUAAUCCCUAAUCGGCCAAUUUGGAGGUAGUUUGUGUCACCCCUGCACUACUACAAUUCCUUUUUCUGCUCCCCCAAUACCUAUUCAACGAUUUGUCGUGUAGCGCUCGUGGGUUACAGAGUUUGAAAUUUGGGCUGACAAUUUGGUUCAGGACUGUUUGGUUUUACCCAAAACCGGGACCGGAUUGGGACCGGAUAGCAAACAAUGCAAUCUCAUAUUCGGGCUUAGAUUUGAGGUAAAAAAAAAACUGGAUAAAGACCAUAUAAGAGACCCCAACUCUCAAAUCCCCACAAGCUCAAUCUAAAAUCAAAAUCAAAUUGGGAUCGGACUGGGUCAAGACCGGACCGGAUCAAGACCGAAGUGUAUCCAAUCCAAUCUUUGGUCCUUAUAUUCCCGAAAAGACCGGACUGAGACCGAAUCAAUUUGGUCCAAUUUAACCGGAUCGGACCAAAUAGUCACCCCUAUUUGAAAUCUACAAAUACCACUAUCGAACGCUCCUCUGUCACAGACCGCUAUUUAACAGACGACGACUCACACGAGCUUUAUAUUAUGAUCAAUGUAUCAUUUAUAACGAUUGAGGUAUAACAUGAAUUUUUUUCUUUCUCCCUGAUCGAUUUAUCGCGCUUUCCUUGUCGUAAUCCAAUAUAUGUUGCAGCAAGUAGGCACUAGGCAGUCACAGUAUGCCUGAGUUGCUUGCUGUCUCCAUUCAUCAUUGCUUUUUUGCUGCUGCUCUCAAUGACAAAAAUGGUGGUAAAUUGGUAAUUCUCUCUGUUCUUGUAACGGCCAAGAUAUCAGGAAGGAAGGAGGAUGAGGAUAUUUGCUGAUUCGCUGCCAGUGGAAGUAAUGAUGAGAAGGGCAAAAUGCGGAAAGAGAGGAGAGUUGCACGUGGGAGAGGUGUGGUGGCGUGGCGAUUUUUAUUCAUUAAUUAAUUAAUUAAAAAAAAAUUAGCAUUGGAUCCGGCGCCCAAAAAAAGUGGUUAAUAAUAAUAUUUUAUUUUUAUGUAAGAGUGAUUAGGAAAUGGGAGGAAGGCGCUGUGGUGAUAUUCGUGGAGGGUAUUGGGAUUGCAGAAUGAAUGUCGCCACACCUUGGAAGAUGGUUCCUGUAUUAAAAAAAAAAAUUGAUAGUCUUAUAGACUAUCUAAUAGUUUAAGAAUACAAAGAGAGAUUCAUUAUUUAUAAGACAGGGAUUAAUAUUUUUCAGACGAGAAAAAAAGUAUUUUGAUGUAAAAAGGUUAGUGGUGUGGAACGGCUUGAUCCUUAUCGGAUCAGAAUGACAUUUUUGGAUUGGACAGUACUGAACCGAAUAUAAUGUUGGUCCGGUACUUGGUAGUAUGAAUUUAAUAGAUAAUGUAAAAAAACAGGCCGAAUUUGACAUUUGAACCCGAAACAAACAUGAUCUGAUUUGAUGUUUGAAUCUUACCGCGUCGAAUUGAAUUACAAUACUAAUUCAUUCCAAUACGUCUUUCACUAUUGAAAUCACGAUUCUAAAAUAGUUUGGUCAUAUCCAGAACUUUACACAACCCUAAUUACGACUUAGGUUAUAUUUCUUUCUGAUUAAUUAUUAUUAUUUUGUUUCGAUCUUAGCACUUUCUUUUUUUGGGUCUUUUUAGGGUUUGAGUUCCGUACGAAAUGGAUUAAUGCUCUUGAAGUGGGGAACAGAAUGGAAUUUUCCUACUGCCUUUUGCUUUUUUUCGCUUCUUCCCAUACGCAUUCGCUUUCAUUCCACUUCCACUCUACUUUUCCCUGAAAUUCAUGAGGAUCACUCAAUAAAAAAAAAAAAAAAAAAAAAAUCACCAGUUUCGAUUCAUUUGUCAAAUUACCAUUCGGGCCUGACCAAGGAAGCAAGGUCCAUAUUCCGCAUCAUACGUGUUUAAAAACGUAAAGAAUGGGCCUAUCAGCCCACGAGGUUUUCUGUGAGUGAAAACAUUGGGCUAUCAAGUUGGUGGAUCUCCAUGCAAAGGCCUAUCUCUCAACCAUUGCACUUCAAAUAUGAGUGAAGGUUUGAGUACAUAAUAUAAUAAUACCCAUGAAAGUUGGAAGGGCAACACAAAACAAAUAGUUAACAUGAAU